AUGAAAGCUCGGAUGAUUGUCGAUUUCCGUGAGAGCGGUCUCAACCAAGGCGAGCUUAACGACGUGGCGAGGUACCUGGAGCCUCACAUCUCUCCGAAGGGAACGGCGGAGUUCGAGAUACCACGGAGGUGCGAGGCGGCUAAGACGGCCUUCUGCGCGAUGGGAGCCUUCUGGAGCCUUUCGACGCCAUGGAGGUGGAAACGCGUGGUGUUCUCGGGUACGGUGAUGGGGGCGAUACUGCCAGGGAUGGAGUGCUUCAUCUUAUCGGAGGCGCAGUACAGAGGCUGGACUUGUGCUGGGCGGGGCUGGGGCGCAUUGCCAUGGCCGCGGGGGCUCGACCAAGUGGCCUGGCUGGAGGACGGCACCGUGAAGAGCUUGACGACGGAGGAGGUGCUGGCGUAUUUGCGCGUGGGCGACACGAAGACCGAGUUGCUGGUCAGGAGGCUGAAGUGGUAUCAGAGCUGGGCUCGACGACCUUGGCACCACGCUCAACUACUCUCGAUUCUUUUUGCCGACCUACCUGGGGUUCACGGAGCGAGCGAAACGAUGGAGGACGAGGCUGAGACGCUGGAGGAGCUAGGCAGGGCCCCCUGGAAGCUGGAGGCGGACCGAGAGCUGGCGAAACAGUUCUUGCGGAUGGACUUUGCGAGGGUGAGGUGCAACACGUACACGGUGAUGAUCCCUCCUCCUGGGCUGGAGCGGCCAGCUGAAACGCAGCGCCAGGGAACAACGGAACGACCAGCCGAAACGCAACGCCAGGGAACAGCGGUGGAGGAGGCAUUGGAGCUGGAGCAGGGCGACGACGCGCUCAGGGACAUCUGCGCGUGCGGAGCAAAAGGCAUCGUCGGCGCUCAACUGGUGAAGUGCGGGCAGGAGUACGACAGUCAGGGCAAGGAACUUAAGGCAAAGCUGGUCAAGGGCGAGCAGGUGGACUUCAAAACGCGAAGCAGCCCACGCAUCGGGCUCUUCGCGAAGACGCGCGCGAACGAGGCGGUCCACAAGAAGCUGGUGCACUACUGGAAAGAACAGGUGGUGAUGGGGGCGCCCGAGCAGCUGGAUGAUGAUGGCCACCAGUUCCGCUGCCGCACGAGCUGGACCCAGGAGGAGAAGGACGGCGAAUGCGGGGUUCUCUCGGUGGCCCUCAGCAGAUUGGGAGUGGGGGCGGCAGCGGGCCAGAUUAUCUGGACGUUCAUCAAGGACCUGGAGACGGACGUGGAGAUGGCGGGCGCGGCGCCUCGAGGGCCGCUCGAACGAGAGACGUCCCGGUGCCUGGCGGCCGUGACGGGCAGCAAGAAGGAGUACGGCCACACGAACCCGGACGCCUUCAUCGGGCCGCCCCUGGCGGAGUUCCUGAGCCCGGGCGCCGACGUGUCCGCCAUGCAGGCGCUCUUCGCCGACGAUUUGGCCCGCCAGCUGUGCAGCUUCCAGGGCUUCAACAGCUCGAGCGCCGUGGACGUCUUCGUCAUCGGCACCGGGGGCGUGCGCGAGGCGUCCGACGGUUCGGGCGCCGCCGAGCUCACGGAGCUGUUCCGCGACAGGCUGCUGGGAGACGUGCCGCGCCUCCUUGCGGGCCUCGGGCUCCCCACCGUGGCCUUCUCGGUGGAGAUCCUGGACGAGCGGGAGGAGGCGCUCCUCGAGGCGCAGGCGGCCAUGAAGGCCUUCGGCGACCGCCUCGACCUGGCCGGCGUGAUCGGCGCGGGCGGCAGCUCCGUGCAGCUCUCGGAGCUCGUCUCCGACUCGGUGGUGACGACCCCGUGGGGCGCCAGGAACGUCUUCGUCGGGGACGGAGCGUACUCGCAGUUCAGGGAGCGCUUCACCGAACCUACCCUCGAGAGCUUCCUGGGCGCCUUCGAGGCGGCGUACGGCGCGGCGCCGGGCAAGCGGAGCCUGCGCGAGGUCCGGCUGCAAGCGCAGCGCGCGUCCGCCGAGUCGCAGUCCGGCGGCCCGCCUUUCGUGGGCACCUGGGUGGCGAUGAGCGGCCUGUGCAUCGCGGCCCAGGACAUCCCGGGGCUGAAGGAUUUCGCCAAGCACUACCUCAACGCCGAGGUUAGCAAGCCAGUGGCGGUCAGCGUGGCCCAGGAGCACUACCUUCACUACCUGGUGGACUUCGCCGAGCGCGACGAGCCGCCGGGCUCCGUGCCGCCAAGCGAGCGUAGGUCACCCGCCAGUGCCGCGGUGAUGUUGUGGCACCUGCUCCGCUUCUUCUCGGGGGACGCGGCGCUCCGCUUCGCCAAGAAGGUCGACGGCAUCGACCUCUCGGUGAACGCCGGGUAUGCGCUGCGAAAGUUCACUGGGGAUCGGCGGACUUGCUCCUCCACGUCAAACUUGAUCAUAUAG